UGUAACCACCUUCGUCGUCACCGCGACUGCGACCAUAAGAGACUCCCGCUUCCGCCAACCGCCCACCACCCGUUCGACCAUUUGCUUGCCCCCGCUCCUCGGUUCCUCCCGACUCCACCGGCGCGCGCGCGCGGAGGGACCAGAGCAGCCACGGCGCCGCCGCGCAUGCAGGAGCAGCAGCCGGAGACCGGCCGCCGGCCGGCGCAGCAGUUCGCCACCGUCGACCUGCGCCGUCCCAAGGGCUACGCGGCGGCUCCCGCGACGCCACAGCCUGGUUCGGCUGCGACUGCUGCUGCCGCCGCUGGCCCGGCUGCGACGGCGGCAGCGGCGGCGGCGGGGGAGGGUGACCCGUGCCCGCGGUGCGAGUCGCGGGACACCAAAUUCUGCUACUACAACAACUACAACACCUCCCAGCCCCGGCACUUCUGCAAGUGUUGCCGCCGCUACUGGACCAAGGGUGGCACGCUCCGCAACGUCCCCGUCGGCGGCGGCACGCGCAAGAAGUCCUCGUCUUCGUCGUCGUCGUCUUCCUCGUCAUCCGCCGCCGCCGCAGCACCCGCCGCCAAGCGCCAGAAGACGUCGAAGAAGCGCCGCGUCACGACUCCCGAGCCCCUCGCCGCCACCACCCCCGUCCUCACCGAAGCCGCCGCUGACUCCGCCGCCAAGACGACGACCGAAGCUACGUCGGAGAAGAAGACGACGACUUCCACAACGACGACGACACCGCCGGCGCCUGACACCACGAGCGAGAUCACCACGGAGCUCGUCGUCCCGGCCGUGGAGGAGGACUCGUUCACGGACCUCCUGCAGCCGGACUCCGCCGCCGUCACCCUCGGCCUCGACUUCUCCGACUACCCGUCCAUCACCAAGAGUCUGGCCGACCCGGACCUGCACUUCGAGUGGCCGCCGCCGGCGUUCGACAUGGCGUCCUACUGGCCGGCCGGCGCCGGGUUCGCCGACCCGGACCCGACCGCCGUGUUCCUCAACCUCCCAUGAGCCCACUCGCCCGGCGGCGGCGGCGGCGGCUCAGGUGGGUGUGGGGGUUUCCAACUACACCCGAUGAUGAUUUCAUCAGUUUCCGAUUAAUUAGUAAAUUGCGCGUGGGGUAUAUGGUGAAAAUGAUGACGUUAAUCUUAGCUUUUUGAGAUUAGUGGCCGUGUUUUACUCUCGAGAGGGGCUAACUCAACCAAGUUUGGGUUGUUUUUCAUGUGUAUAACUCCUAUCAAGGCUUGGGCUUUUUUUUUUCAUACAAUGGUCCUGCUAUUUUCUACUCCA